CUGGAUUUCUGGCUGGCACCCCGUGGCUCCGGAUACCCGGUCGACGUCCGCGUGCCCUUCCCCAGCCUGCAGCCCCUCAAAGCCCACCUGGAGGCCAACGGCAUCUCCUACUCCAUCAUGAUUGAGGACGUGCAGGCGCUGGUGGACCGUGAGCGGACGGAGAUGCUUCGCAGCAGCCGCCGCCGGCAGCCGCUCUCCACCAGCACCUUUGAGUACUCCGCCUACCACACCCUGGAUGAGAUCUAUGCCUUCAUGGACCUGCUGGUGGCUGAAAAUCCCAACCUGGUCAGCAAGCUCGAGAUAGGCCGGUCGACAGAGAACCGGCCCCUCUACGUGCUCAAGUUCAGCAAAGGAGGUACGAACCGUCCGGCCAUCUGGAUCGACACCGGAAUCCACUCCCGGGAAUGGGUGACACAGGCCAGCGGCGUCUGGUUCGCCCAGAAGAUUGUCUUGGAUCAUGAGACUGACGAAGGUCUGGCCUCUAUCCUGGACAAGAUGGACAUCUUCCUGGAGAUCGUCACCAACCCAGAUGGCUUCGCCUUCACCCAAACCCAGAAUCGCAUGUGGCGCAAGACCAGGUCCAAGCACUCGGGCUCCAUUUGCGUCGGCGUGGACCCCAACCGCAACUGGGAUGCAGGUUUUGGAGCGGCCGGGGCCAGUUCAAACCCCUGCUCGGAGACGUACCACGGACCCUACGCCAACUCGGAGCCCGAGGUGAAGGCCAUCGUGGACUUUGUGAAGAACCACGGGAACAUCAAGGCUUUCGUCUCCAUCCACAGCUACUCCCAGCUCCUGCUCUACCCCUACGGCUACACCAAGACCCCAGUGCCUGACCAGAAGGAACUGCAUGAGGUUUCUGAAAAGGCGGUGGCAGCUCUGUCUUCUCUGUACGGCACUAACUACAAGUACGGCAGCAUCAUCACCACCAUCUACCAAGCGAGCGGAGGGACCAUCGACUGGACCUACAAUCAAGGCAUUAAAUACUCCUUCACCUUCGAGCUGCGGGACACGGGGCGCUACGGGUUCCUGCUCCCCGCCAAACAGAUCGUCCCCACGGCCCAGGAGACGUGGCUGGGGCUGAAGGUCAUCAUGCUGCACGCGCGGGACCAUCUCUACUAA